CCUCGCGAUCGAGACGUAGAUCAGCCUAUGGGGGAGGCGCGCAGCCGGAAGUAAUCAAGCAGCCGAGCAGCAUGGCGCUCCUGGGAGCCCUGAGCAGGUUAUUCUUGACAAAGCCACUGGUAAACCCUGUUUGUGCACAUCAGCGGACAUUUGCUAAUUUUUCACAGGGGUUCAACCAGCUACAGGCCCCAUCCUCCUCUCUAGCAGCCGGUCAUGGAAUACUAACUCGCAAUAUGCCCUCGCAUUGGCACUUGCAGCAAGUUCGUUUUAAGAAGAGAGGAAUGGAGUACCAGCCUAAAUUCCUGAAGCGCAAGAGAACUCAUGGGUGGCUGAAAAGAAUAAGCACAAGAGGUGGAAUAGAAGUUAUCCUUCGAAGAAUGUUAAAAGGCCGAAAAUCUUUGACGCAUUAAAUCUCCCAAUUUUCUGUCUAUGUCCAAAUUAACAAAAGUCUUGUAAUUAAAGUGCACUAAACAUU